GAAAGUAGGUGGAUAAGGAAGUUUUAUACAAAUUUAUGACCUUCGAUUAUCUGUCAACGUCAGUAAAAUUCCUAAGACAAAUCGUUUUUUUAUUGAUUUGUUUAAAGAUCCACUUUAAAGUGUGAUAUCGUUAAUAUAAUGGAGGGUUCUGACGAAUUUCGUGAAAUCUUCUGUGAGCCUUGUGGAAAAAUUCAACAAAAAACAACAGCGGAUGGGUUUUGUGUUGACUGUUCUGAAUACUUAUGCGGACAGUGUUGUCACCAUCACAUGCGUUUUAAACAAUUUGAACACCAUGUUCUACAAGAUAAAGACAGCAUGCCUUUGGAUCCAAAAAAUACUGUAUCUAAAUAUGUCUGCACAUCAAAGUGUCAAGUUCAUGCGGAUGAAGUUAUAAAAUAUAUAUGUAAGACCUGUGAUAAGAUUGGGUGCAACGUUUGCAUGACGAUAAAUCAUCGAUCAUGUGAUGGUGUCAGGUAUAUCCCGGACGAAGUGAAGAAAUCUGAUACAUCUGUAGAAAUACGAGAAUUUGCGAAAAUGAUAGAUGAUAUGAUUGAAGAGCAAACGAAAUUGUAUGUCAAGAUUGACCAAAAUUUUCAACUGUCUGAUGAAAUGAACACAACAGCAUGUAAGGACCUUGAGCAACAAAAAGAUCAGAUUGUCACCUUCUUCGAAAAUCUUUAUGAUAAAAUUAAAACCGAAGUUGUUGGAAAACAGGACGCAGAUAAAAAAGUAUUUGAAACGUUGUUGAAAGAAGUCAGUAUUAUGCAAACAGAUAUGAAAAAUCGGAAAGCGAGACUACAAACAUUAGAACAAGGUCAACAAAUCUGUGAAGCUUUUAUUUUUAUGAAAUACACGCAGGCAGCCAUGGGAAAGAUGUCAAGUGACAUGAAGGAACUUUCAGAAAGUGGAAAAGAAAAACCAGCUAGAUACCAGCCAUCUUUAGAUGUCGAAGAGCUAAAAGAAGAUAUCAAAUGCUUAGGGCGUUUGUUUACAGGAGAGUCAGACCAGAUAACACAAAUCGAGUCGGUAAAGAAAAAGAUGGAGAAAGAGCUCCAUAUGAUACGACGUGAAAAAGAGGAUCUGAAGGAUGUUCUAGAUAGGACAAAUGCAAUAGCUGAAGACCUUAAGAAAAAUGUCAAUGAGUUACAGACAUGUGUACAUAAGGAAAAACAAAACAACAAACAUCUGAAAACUGAGAAAGAAAAUCAAAAACUGGACUAUGAAAGCAGAUUAAAUAAAGUGAAACAAGAUUCUCAUUCAAAAGAUAUCCAACUUAAAAAAGAACAAGAAGAAUUAUGUAGAGUAGAAGAGAAGACCUCUUACGUCAUUGAGAGAAUGCAUCCAUUUUAUAGCAUACACAGCAGAAGAUACUACAUCGUAUGACUUUCCUUGAUCUAACAAAUGCGUAAUAAACAUAGAAACACAAAUAGACUGAGCUGAUAAACCAACUUGAUUGUUAUCUUUACAGAAUGGUUGAAAGGGCUAAAAUAACAUCUGCACUUUUGCACAGUAUUUUUUAGAUUUUGACUGUAAAAGAUAUUUGUUCAUAC